AUGGCUGCAGAGCAGCCAUCACAUCCAAAUCACCUCGAUCCAAGCGAGCUAGGCACAAAGGAGUACCGGGAUUCCGAUGCAGAUAGCGACGGCGGAGAAGACGACCACGGUGGCGAAGAAGAAGAAUCCAUUACCGAGAGGCCAUUAGACCCAUCGGAGUUGGAGUCAUGGUUCGACGACGUCGGUGCGCCCGCAAAGACACUCGCGUUUCUGACAGACAUAUCCUUCCCACUGUCGGCGGAAUACCUGGCAGAACAUGCCCGCAACUCGAACAACGGUGAACAUGGACAUCAGGCCACCCACGCAGGACUACCGACAGUAUUAGAUCUUGGUACUGGAAACGGCAGCGCCUUGUUCUCGCUACGCCUUGAGGGCGGGUACAAGGGCGAUAUGCUUGGUGUGGAUUAUUCAAGUCAGAGCAUUGAGUUGGCGCGGAGGCUGGGAAGGCAGUAUCUGAAUUCGUCAGCUACGGCAUCAUCUUCAGCUGAACUCUCUGUGGAUGACGCUGCCUCGGAGAAGCCGGGAGAUAUCGCGUUUGAAACGCUCGAUCUGAUCCAGGACGACCCGGCCUCCCAGCCGUGGUGGCCCAAGGCAGGUGGGUUUGAUUUGGUUCUCGAUAAAGGAACCUUCGACGCCAUCUCACUCUCAUCCUCGACGAUCCACGAUCCGGCAUCGAACAAUGAACGACGAGCCUGCGAGCUUUAUCCUGCCAAGGCGGCGAGGAUGGUCAAGCCUGGUGGGUUCCUGCUCAUUACGAGCUGCAAUUGGACGGAAGACGAGGUUAUUCGGUGGUUCACGCGCCCUGGUCUGGAACAACAUGACAGUGUUCGUCUCGAGAUCUACGGUCGGAUUAAAUAUCCUGUUUUUGAGUUCGCGGGACAAAAGGGCCAGGGUGUUGCAAGUGUUUGUUUUCGAAGGUUGGAGGAGAUAUACUGA